AUGCAUCUCCGCCGUUUGUAUCUGCGGUACUACCCACCAGCAUUGCGUUUGGAAUAUGUCCACUCCAAUGGCCAGACGGAUCUCAAGACCAUCGACUUGCCCCACCUCAGUGCUGAAUCCAACAUUUCACUGGUGGCUCAGCAACUUGUGGUUCAAGAGCGAUUGCUCACGAAGGCUACACUGUCGAAGAUUAAGGAGCUACUUCACCGACUCGUGGACAAGCACCUUGUGUAUGCAAGCCACCAACAAGGCAGUGCAUUCCGACUGCAUUCUGUGCUACGACCUCAUCAUCUUCCGAUGACCAACAUGGCCUGCAGCAAGAGCGCCAAUCUAGUAGCUACUAGUAGCUACGACAAGACCAUCCGGUUACUGCGGCCAUUUGAUCCGUCAAUUCCGUUAGCGACGUCGUCUUUCCACAAUAAAAACUGCGAUAAAGAAGUUUCUACGUUAACAGGUCACGACGGAGUGGUGUUUAGCUUAGCUUUCAACAAACCUCAUGCCACGCGAUUGCUAUCUGGAUCAUUCGACAAGACUUGUCGGCUAUGGGAUGUACAAACAAAAACGGCAAUUGGAGUGUAUCGAGGUCAUGCAGGCGAGGUCGUGGGUGCUGUGUAUGCACCGGAAUCCAGCAGCAGUGAAUGCUUCGGUAGCUAUUCGGUUGAUGGCACUGCUGUUGUUUGGGACACCGCCACGGAAAAAUCUCGGCUAACGUUGUCGGGUCAUUCUGCCGAAGUAUCAUGCUUAGCAUUUGAUUCUGAAGAUACCAAGCUCAUUGCCACAGGUUCCUGUGACUCCACCGUGAGACUUUGGGACACCCGCGUUGGCGGUUGCUUUCGUUGUAUUGAGCACCACGACGCUGACAUAUCCAGCGUAUCUUUUGACUACCAAGCCAACACUUUAUUAUCGUCAUCUUCCGAUGGUACGUGUAAGUUGUGGGAUGCACGGACAGGGGAAAAUCUCUAUGACUGGGAUGAUCAUCAAGGUCAUGAAGUAACCCACGCUACAUUCAAUGCAUCAGGAGCACUAGUUGUGUCCUGUGGUACUGAUGGCAACGCUUUCAUAUAUGAUACUCUAACGGGUACUAGACGAUGCGUGUUAUCUGGUCAUCAGAAGGUUGUAAACACGGUCUGCUUUAGUAUGCAAGGACUUCAAAUUCUCACGGCAAGUACCGACGGGACAGCUCGUGUGUGGAAUGCUUUCUCUGGGGAAUGUCUACAAAUACUACGUGGUCACGAUGCUGAGGUCUUCGACUGCACUUUUAGUUACGAUGGUGAAGUAGUUCUUACUGCAUCGCUUGACAAUUCAGUACACGUGUGGGAACGCGAGACUGACUAG